AUGGAUGAUUCAGAAAACACGAUCCGAGAUCAUGAGAUUUGGGGCAAUGGCAUGGAGGAGAUAUUCAUUGACAUGCUUUACCAGGACGCCUUUCACAGUAGAUUAAAGGGUGGAAAGAUCACUUUUAGAGAGCAUGGAGUUUAUGCUCAGAGACUCACCGCUAUUGGUGUAAAAGUGUUUGAAGUGAACCAGGUUUGUGGCAAACUUACGAGGUUGAAGGGUUUACAAUGUCUGUUUACCAAUUUAUUGAGCCCGAAGACCGUAGUCGCGAGCGACAAGUGCUGGGAAAAUGCCAUAAGGGUUAAAUCAAAAUGGGGGAGGUUUUGUACUUUCGGCUGCCCAGAGUACGAGGAGCUGUGCACCAUAUUUGGCGCUUCUGUUGCAUACGGGACUAUGCAACAUGCGUCAACACAGCUACUCGCAGAUAGCGACGAGGAGCGUCGCCUUGAUGAGGAGAUGCGAGCUCGCAGCCCUCCCACAUUUGGCAAUCGACAGGGAUUGCCCAUUGACAAUGAUGACUUUAUUGACUUGAUGGGGAUCGUGUCACCUUCAGUCGAUGCACCGACACAAUCAUCACAUAGGCGCCAGAAGAAGAAAAAGAGCGAGUUUGAGGUACAACUUUCUGAGGCUGUAGAGAAGGUGAAACGCACGCAGAUCGCGCGGCGUAAGCAGUAUGAGGAUCGGGAAGCUGUGGAUUCAUCAAAGCACAGGAAAGGAUCACAACCUACUAAUGCCAGCAAUGCAGGUUACGAUCCGAUUAGUCAGUGUGCGACAUUGCUCAGUGAGCUUUCCCCAAGACUGGAUCCUCAACAACUUGUUUGUGCAAUUAAGGAAUUACUAAACCCAGAUAUGCGGCAGUUUUUCUUGUCAUUGGAUGCCGCCGAGAGGGACAAUUGGGCCCGUAAUUGUUAA